AACGACAGCAGUAGUAAUUUGAUCGGUGUAACAAAGUCGUCAAAACGCAAAAUGGCGAUGCGUUUUGAGGAUGGACCCACCACCGACCCGGUGCAUCUGCCCAAUGUUAUCGUCAUGGUCGGUCUUCCGGCUCGCGGUAAAACCUACAUCUCCAGAAAACUAUGCAGAUACCUCAAGUGGAUCGGUUUUAGCACUAACGGUUGGUGA